AUGGCGUUCAACUUGAUUCAAACAAAGCCCCAAACGUAUGGCCAUGUUCAUGGUCUGUAUUUGGUAAUCAAGCACCCUGCAGCAGAAUCUAGGGUUUCGAGAUUUCUUGCUAGAGCUGUGCUCUUGGCUUUGUUCAUCGUUUCUUUACCAUAUUUUGGAUCCAACAGAGGAGGAUCCUCAAUCGCGUCAAACAAUGCUGAAUUUGGGAAUGAGAAUGAUAUCGGCAUUUUCUCUUUUGAAAUCAAUGAAAAAUCGAAUGAUUACAGAAUCGUUUACCUCGAACAAUCUGAUGAUGUGGAGAAGACCAAAUUAGGGCAAAAUGAGAUCAAAUCCCCCUCUCGGAGACGACUCUUCGCAUAUGAAUCUGACGCUAAAAGAGCAGCAGCCCUAAACGAACUCGAAGACGUUCUCCUUGAACCGCCGCGAUCAGCAUCGCGAAAAUCAAGACGGUACUUGCAACGAACACGAUAUCUUCCAGAUUUGAUGGACGAUUCUCUCGAAAGCUAUCCCCGCCAUAUUUUCAUCGACGCCGGAGUACCGGAGAAGGAAGCUGGCGGAAGCGGUACAAGCUGGUUCGACCAUAACUACCCUACCAGAAACAAGAAAUUCGAAAUGUAUAAAAUCGAGACAGUAAGUACCGAUCAGGCAUCAUCCUCAAAGGAACCGCAGGUCGGCAUAUCGGACUGGCUCUCAAAUAACGUCAAAGCUGAAGAUUACGUCGUAAUGAAAGCAGAAGCCGAGGUUGUGGAGGAUAUGAUGAAAUCCAAGGUCGUACGGUUGGUGGACGAACUUUUCUUGGAAUGCAAGCCACAGAAAAACGGUGGUAGAAAGGUCUCAGGCGGCGGCCGUCGAGCUUAUUGGCAGUGUUUGGCUUUGUACGGCCAGCUCCGUGAUGAAGGUGUGGCGGUUCAUCAAUGGUGGGGUUAAAAAAAAUUCAAAAAAGUAACAAACAAAUAGAUCGGAGAAUCGAAAUUGAACCAUCGGAGAGAAGAGUGCUCAGUGGCUAAGAGCGUGGACGAGAGGGAGGGCGAUAAAUUAAAUAUUCUAUUUUAUUUAUUUUUAGUUUCUUUUUUUUUUCUUCUAAUUAUUGUGCGGUUUUUUUAUUUAAAAUUCUGUUUUUUUAAGCCUUCCGAAAAAAAGGAAAAAGAGGAAGAAAAAAAAAUUGCUGUCAUAUGAUAUGAUGGAGUGGGAACUAGUGAGGGAGGGAAGCCAUGUAAUAUGUGAAAGUUUAAUCUCCUUUGUAAUUGUUUUCUAAUUUAAUUUCAAUGUUACAUGUUAUUUUAUUUAUUAA